UCUUCCUGUGUGGACAUUGUUCGUUGGAGGAGAAAGUAUGCCAUGCUUCGGAGCUCCAGAACAUAGCCCUGCUUUCCAACUCUUCAAACUGGCCUUUGCCAUUCUCGUGUUGUUGCAUGGAAUCGAUGCUGUGAAACUGGACAAAAAACUCAACCGUGCUGGUUGUGGUGAGUCGGAACCGACAGGGAGGAUAUUCGGAGGCAAGCAAGUCAGCAGAGAGCAAAUUCCGUGGAUUGUACACCUUUUAGUGAACUGGCGGAGACAAUCUACGCACUGCGGCUCAAGCAUUAUAACAAGCAACGUGUUGCUGACCGCCGCGCACUGUGUGAUGAAACCGACAGAAAAGGCGAGAAGUAUUAAGGCCAUUUACAACUCAACGGAAGCAAUGGGAAAACGAGACAAAUCUGACCAGAUCUACAUUGAGAGCGUGAAGCUGCAUCCGAAAUAUUCGUUUGUAUACGGUGGAUGGUACGACAUUGCACUUCUCAAGAAUGGGUAUGUGCAACUGUGA